AUGGGUAAUUGCACUUCUUCAUCUGAGAAUGCAAAGAAGAAUUCAUCAGAUAAUGUGCAAGGCUACAUAUUUAAUCAAGUAAUCGGGAAGGGCGGCUUUGGAAAAGUUUGGAACGUACAAAAGCGCAAGAACAAAGAAGUAUUAGCCAUGAAAAUCAUGUCAAAGGUUAAAAUACUCAGCAAAAAGAGUGUAAAUUCUGUUCUAAACGAAAGAAAAAUCCUAAGUCAUCUUAAUCAUCCGCUAAUUGUUAAUAUGCACAAUUCUUUUUAAGACAGAGAAAACUUGUACCUCACUAUGGAUUUUAUAGGAGGCGGAGAUCUCAGAUAUCAUUUAAUUCACUAAACAGAGCCCUUUAGUGAAACUCAAGCACAAUUCAUUGCUUGCUGCAUAGUCAGUGCUCUUGAAUAUAUUCACUCAUAAAACAUUCUUCAUAGAGAUAUAAAACCAGAAAAUUUGAUAUUCGAUGAAAGUGGCUAUCUAAAAGUAACUGAUUUUGGCAUUUCUCGCAUUUGGAAACCAGAUAACUCAAACGAAACAAGUGGAACUCCAGGUUAUAUUGCUCCUGAAAUAUUAAUGAGAUAAAAUUAUGGAGUCGCUGUAGACUACUAUGCACUUGGUAUUAUUAUGUAUGAAAUGGCAAUGGGAAAAAGGCCUUACAAAGCUAAAGAUAGAAAGGAGUUGAGGGAAUAAAUUUUGGCUAAGUAAGUUCAAAUAAAGAGAGAAGAAAUUCCCAAAGGAUGGUCGCUAGAAGCUAUUGACUUUAUCAACAGAUUAAUCUAAAGAAAGCCUUCAAAUCGUUUAGGUGUAAAUGGGCCACAAGAAGUCAAAGAUCAUGUUUGGAUUAAAAGUUUUCCUUGGUAAAAGCUGAAUAACAAUGAAAUAGAAGCACCAUAUAAACCGCCUAAGGGUUGUGUUUAUAAUUUUGCAGGAAAGAUAGCUAGUGAGCAAACAGAAAUUGACAAACAAAAUGCUAUUUUGCUUAGAAAAGAUGAAGUAUAACAGCUAUUUAAGGGAUAUGAAUGCGAUUCAAGCAAGACAGUCAAAGUUACUAACAACAACUUUUAGUUUUCACUCAGUGGAACUCCUUUUACUAGUGGAAACUCUAGCUUUUCAAUGUCUACAUAAAAUAAAACAGGAAAUAAGAAUUAAAAAAACGAAAUAAUCUAGUUACAGCACAUACAGGCUUCUAUUGGGGGAAAUUCUUAAUGCUUAAACUAACUUAAUUAUGCAUAGUAGUCUCAAUCACAAAUAUUUACAGCCUACACAAAAGCUCCUACUUUGUAGUAAGGGCAUUCAUCUUAAAUAAAUUAAUUAACAGAAAAUGUGUUUACAGAAAAGUUAUCUAAAAAGCUUGAAACUUAGCAUGAUAUUUCUAAAAAGAGUGUAAAUGAAAAUAAUGAAGAUUCCCGAAAUCAAAGGAAUCAAAGUGCAGGAAUGCGAAUAGAAUCAAAUGCUGCUUUGUAAUUUUAGUAGCAGCAGCAGUAGUAGCAUGCUUGA